UUAAAGGCCUUCUUUAAAUAUUUCAAAAUCCAAGACUAUAAGCAUUAUUCACACCUCAAUUCCUGUUUCUAAUUCCAGUUUUAUUCGAAUAUUCUCGUUUCAAUAAUUCAAUAGUUAGCCUCUAUUAAACCCCAAACCAUCAAACAUUUUUCUCUGAGCUUCAGUACUAAAACUUCAAAAAAAAAAAAAAUGUCUGGUUUUAGCAGAAUGAAGAGAGUUACUGACCCCUUAGACGAUAGCAUGAAGGCUCGAAUCAUUGGUUGUACUGACGAGAAACAUCGAGAAAUCGGUUACUUCAGCAGUGGUAGCGAACACAGUGCUCACGCCGAUGAUGACGUGGCUUCUCCUAGUUUGUCCGAUCUCGUUUUCGGUUAUACUGAUAACAAUGAUCAAGACGAAACUCCGAAAAAUGAUUCAGAUUCUGAGCCUGAUGUAUCAAUAUGUGAAGAAAUGCCGAGCCUUGUUUUUUGCAGUGACAUUGAUUUGUUUCGUAAUGUGAUUGUAUCAAGUGUUGCUAAAGCAUUGGAUAUGUUCUCCUGCAUUAAAUCGAACAAAUCAAUGCUUCAGAGGAAUGUAAUGGCGUACCUUAGGAAUUUCGGUUACAAUGCCGCGAUUUGCAAGACGAAAUGGGAGAGUUCAGGUGGUCUUGCUGCUGGAAAUUACGAGUUUAUUGAUAUAGUAAAAUCAGAUUCGACCAAUCGGAUCAUCACUCGUUACUUCGUCGAUCUCGAUUUCCGUGCCGAAUUCGAGAUCGCGAGGCCUACGUGUCAAUACGAAGGGUUAUUACAGUCAUUACCGAGUAUUUUUGUUGGUAAAAGCGAAGAGCUAAAGCUGAUACUGAGAGUAAUGAGCGAUGCUUCGAGACGAUCGUUGAAAAAUAGAGGCCUUACUUUUCCUCCAUGGAGGAAAAAUAGGUUCAUGCAGAAUAAAUGGUUUGGUUCGUAUAAAAGGACAACUAACAUUAUGCCGUCGGUGUGGUUAACGCCGUCAAAGGAGAUGAAUAGUGUAAAGUGCCGAACUGUUGGGUUUAACGCUACCGCCGUUAACGACUGUGUGUUGUUUCCCGCGAUAACUCGUACUAGAUGAUGGCAAGAGAUAGCAGCAAAUAGAAAUUAAUCAAAUUUUUGGAAGUAAAAAAACAAAUUUUAGUAUACAGUAAUAGAUUCAUCUACUAUUUAUUUAUUUUCAGUUUCAUUUAUAUUACUUGU